AUGUAGGCCUAUUCAACAUUCAUUCAUUCAGGCCACACCGGAUGGAUUGUUUUGAUGCUGGCUUCGUUUCACUUCUAUUUGUCUCGAUGAUUGUGAGAACUGACUACUGAAAUGUAUGGAUUUUCUUGCAGAAAUUGCGUUCAUGUUUGAAACGAAUGGGGCUGUUGAAUUGUGCUGCUCUUGUGUUGUCCGGUACUUGAGUAGCUCGUUCCCCGGUGAGAAAGUUUCUCUGUGAGAGAAUGGCUGGUUUGUGUUCAAGGUAUCGGAUGGUGAAGAGGAAGAGCUAGCUGUGUGUUGUUAGUCGGUGUCCUCAGGUACUGUGGAGAAUAAUGGAGCUUUUUCCUCAGAGGUACUGUAAUUUGAAUUCCACAGUAUCACUUUCAGGUUGAAGCUUUUGUUGCUCUCUUCUCAGACAACAACUGGUGCGUUUAUCAGGGGGCACUGCCAUCUAGUGGAGGAAUUAGGGAACGUCUGGUUUGCGUGACAUUCCUGCAUUAUACAGCAGGUCUCAUGUGCUUUUGAUUCAUUGCUGAUUUUGUUGUAUUCUUUUAGGAUGCACUCAUGCAUAUUGACCUGGAAUCAUAGGUUAUGUGUCUAAAAUUGUUGUCUAUGUUCUUCGUAGCUUUAACGAGACAGGGUGUUUUGCAUUCAGACCAGUUGUACUGCCCUUGCUCACACAGAGUCCAGGGUUUAUCUGCAUAGAAAAGUAUUGGGCGUAUUUCUUUGGAUUUAAAAACAUUUUCAGUGUAAACUUAAAGGAAUAAAAACUAACAAUCACCAAAAUAAAAGUUAGACAGUCAAGGAAAAUAUAAAAUUUUCAAAAAGAUGCAUUCAGGAGUAUUUUUUUGUCAUGGCAUGUGCCCCCAUUGAUUUUGUUAUAACGUUUGAGUCACUCAGAUAGCAUAAGCCAUGGCAAAAAAAUGUCAAUUUGCUUUUAUACAGCUUCUGAAGCUGUUGGACUGUGACCGAACCAUUGGCCACUCCCAUGGCCACACCCACCAACUAAGGCCCUUUUUUUUUAUCCAGAAAAAAACGCAGUCUUUAUUUACAAUGCAAAUCCUGAACCUAAACUAUACUCUAGCAUUUGCAUUCAGCCCAUCCUUCAGCCAUGAAUUUCCCUCCAUUUUGCUCAGCUGUCUGCUGACAAAUUGCACAUCUGUUAAGGAAAAGGAUCUUGAAGGACAGAGAAUAGCCAUCUGUAGAUGGAGUGUGAUAUUCCCUCAUGUCUCUCUCAUCACUCUCCAGUGAUGGCGCUAGGCUCACUGACCUGUUAAGAUUGAAUUCAUGGCUCAUCAGUUUCUGUCUGGCUCCUCCCACUCCCAGGCUGGGUGUCAUAUCAUGGUGAUAGAGAGGGUGUGUCCUUGCCUCCUCUCCCCCUCCCCGUGGGAGGUGGAGCUGCCCAUCUGCUUUCUCUGUCAUCACUGCUCUACGGGCUGGCUCACUGCUCAGUAGGGGGGGACACCUAGAAUCACAGCACAGCAAGCGCUUGUGUGUUAGUGGGAGAGAGUGUGAACUGUGCAGCAGGAGGGCAGCCAAAACCUGAGCCACGGGUGCUCACGCACCAGAGAGGUGAGAGUGUAGCUGUCACUGCUAGCUGCCUGCAGCGAGGGAGCUAGCUGGGAAACCUGUGGAGACGGGAGACUAUGAGGAGGGGGUCUGGACUGGACUGUCUGUCGACAUGCUGAGGAAACUCGUCUGCAGGAAGAUCUGUGCCUAUAAGAACUUUGAAGAUGAUGAUUCGGUGGACGGGGGGCGGUCCUCCUCUUCUAAGGGCCCGUCGUCAGGGAAGAAGACAGUGAGCAUGGGGUCGUUCCGUAGGCCCAGCUCUGCUUCCAGCACCAAAUCGACAGGGAGAGAUGGUCCUAGUGCGGCUGCUGCAGGGGCUGUGGAUGAGGAGGACUUUAUCCGUGCCUUCGAGGAAGUUCCCGCCAUGCAACUUUGCUCUAACAGGGAAAUGGAGGAUGCCAUGACCAAGAUCAGAGAGGUGCUGGCCGACGACAAACGAGACUGGGAGCACAGAGUCACUGCGUUGAAGAAGAUGCGUUCUCUGCUCCUGGCGGGAGCGGUGGACUUUGACGGUUUCUCCCAGCAGCUGCGUCUCACGGAGGCAGCCUUCAAGAUGUCCUCUAAAGACCUGCGCUCUCAGGUGGUCAGAGAGGCCUGUAUCACUCUGGGCCACCUGUCCUACAUCCUGGGGAACAAGUUUGAUCAUUGUGCUGAGUCCAUCAUGCCCACUCUCCUAACCCUGGUCUCUAACUCGGCCAAGGUCAUGGCCACAUCCGGGAUCACCGUCAUACGACUCAUCAUCAGACAUACACACUACCCUCGUCUCAUUCCUAUCGUGACCAGCAGCUGCCAGUCGAAAUCUGUGGCCGUGAGAAGGCGCUGUUUUGAGUUCUUGGACCUCUUGCUGCAGGAGUGGCAGACCAGCUCUCUAGAGAGGAGUGUAGCUGUUCUGACAGAGACCAUCAAGAAAGGAGUCCAUGAUGCAGACUCCGAGGCCAGAUCAGUGGCCAGGAAGUGCUACUGGACGUUCCACGGCCACUUCAGCCGGGAGGCGGAGCAGCUGUUCCAGGCUCUAGAGUCGUCCUAUCAGAAGGCUCUCCAGUCCCACAUGAAGAGUUCUGACAGCAUCCUGUCCCUCCCUGCCUCAGACCGCUCCUCCUCCUCCUCACAGGAGAGCCUCAACCGCCCUCAGUCCGCCAAGAGCUCCAUGGGAAACACCGUGACCAGGACGAAAGCGGCUUCCUCCAGAGGUCCCUCCACCCCGGGCUCUCUCCAGCGUUCCCGUAGCGACGUGGACGUGAACGCUGCCGCCACCGCCACCGCUAGUGCCAAGACCAGGAUGACUCCCGUGCCCGCCUCGCCCGCCCCCUUCAGCGCUGCCUCCGCUCUGCCACCCGGCUCCUACGCCUCUCUAGGCCGUGUGCGUACCAGGAGAACGAGUUCGGGGAGCGGUGUGGGGGCGAGUUCCUCUGUCACAGACAGUAGGGGGAGAAGUCGAGCCAAAAUGGUGUCAGUGUCUCAACCUGGCAGUCGUUCUGGCUCCCCUGGUCGUCUCCUGAGCCAUACAUACGGCAGGAUCCCCAGGGCAACUGGAGCGGCAACGCCAGCAGACAGGAGGCCUAAAGUCCCCCGCAGCCAUGGCUGCAGCCGAGACACCAGUCCAGACAGAUCAGGCCUGGCGAGGAGUCGUAUCCCCCGGCCCAGCAUGAGUCAGGGCUGCAGCAGGGACACCUCUAGGGAGAGCAGCCGGGACACCAGCCCCGCUCGGGGAUUCUCUCCUCUGGCAUCCAGACGUGUCUCCCGCUCCACCAGUGCUCUCCACUCGGCUGAGUCUGUGGGCCGCUCAGAGCGUCUAGGUCUGGCCCACCAGGCCCGUAUCUCAGCCUCUGUCAACGCCAUGAGGAUCCUCAACACUGGGACCGAGGUGGAGGCAGCUGUAGCCGAUGCCCUGUUACUAGGAGACGCCAGGAACAACAAGCGGCGGCCAGUCAGACGGCUGUACGAGUCUCCGGGCAUCUACUCAGACGACGACGCUAACAGCGACGCCAGCAGCGCCUGCUCUGAGCGCUCGUAUGGCUCGCGGAACGGUGGCCCGCCCCACUACAUGAGACAGACGGAGGACGUGGCCGAGGUGCUGAACCACUGUGCCAGUUCCAACUGGUCUGAGAGGAAGGAGGGGCUGCUGGGACUACAGAGCCUGCUCGUUAGCCAGAGAAUUCUCAGUCGCGUGGAGCUGAAGAGAUUGUGUGAGAUCUUCACAAGGAUGUUUGCCGACCCACACAGCAAGGUGUUCAGUAUGUUUCUGGAGACCCUGGUAGACUUCAUCACCCUGCACAGAGAGGACCUGCAGGACUGGCUGUUUGUCCUGCUCACCCAGCUGCUGAAGAAGAUGGGAGCAGACCUCCUGGGUUCCGUACAGGCCAAGGUCCAGAAGGCUCUGGACGUCACCAGGGACUCGUUCCCGUUGGACCAGCAGUUUAACAUCCUGAUGCGUUUCAUCGUGGACCAGACCCAGACCCCCAACCUGAAGGUCAAGGUGGCCAUCCUGAGGUACAUUGAGUGCCUGGCCCGUCGAAUGGACCCCGCAGACUUUGUCAACUCCAGCGAGACACGCCUGGCCGUCUCCCGCAUCAUCACCUGGACCACGGAACCAAAGAGCUCCGACGUCCGGAAGGCGGCCCAGGUGGUUCUGAUCGCCUUGUUCGAGCUGAACACCCCAGAGUUCACCAUGCUGCUGGGGGCCCUGCCCAAGACCUUCCAGGACGGAGCCACUAAACUGCUGCAUAGCCACCUGCGGAACUCCAGCAACACCGGCGUGGCUUCUCCCAGUAGCACCAUGGGACGGACGCCUCCCCUACCUCGCCACCCCAGCAGUCGCAGCAGCCCCCUCACCUCUCCCACCAACUGCUCCCAUGCGGGGGGGCUCUCUCCCAGUCGGCUAUGGGGUUGGAGUGCUGAUGGCCUGUCAAAGUACCCCCCUCCCUUCCCUUCUCUCUCCUCCACCCCUGCUGCCCCCUCCCUGAAGACCCUACGAAGUGCUUACUCUCCCAGCAUGUUGGAGUACGACACAGAGAACCUGAACACCGAUCAGAUCUAUAGCUCCCUGCGAGGCGUCACUGAGGCCAUCCAGAACUUCAGCUUCCGCAGUCAGGAGGACCUCAUGGAGCCGGGCAGAGUCAAGAGAGAGGACACGCCGGGUGUUGGAACAGCAUCACACUCUGGUGUUGACGUGGUGGAGGGGCCCGGGGGUCGCACGGCCCUGGACAACAAGACCUCCCUACUCAACACCCCCUCCCCGCGUUCCUUCUCCGGGCCCCGGGGCCGCGACUACAACCCCUACAACUACACAGACACCAUCAGCGCCUACGACAAGGCUGCCCUGAGAGAGACGGUGUACGAGGACGACGUGGAGCAGCUUCGAGAUGGCCGCCAAGAGUGUGGUGGAGAAAACAAGAUGCUGCACACCAAGAACAGUUCCCCUGCGGAACAGCUGGAACUGGCGGGCGAGCUGCUGAAGGAGCUGUCUAACCCCAGUGAGAGGCCAGAGGAGAGGAGGGGAGCCCUGGUGGAGCUGCUGAAGAUAGCCCGGGAGGACAGCCUGGCAGUGUGGGAGGAACACUUCAAAACCAUGCUGCUCCUGCUGCUGGAGACCCUGUCGGAUCAAGAUCACACCAUCCGGGCCCUGGCACUACGAGUGCUGAAGGAGAUCUUACGUAACCAGCCGGCACGCUUCAAGAACUAUGCAGAACUCACCAUCAUGAAGACUCUGGAGGCACACAAAGACUCCCACAAAGAGGUUGUGCGGGCAGCAGAGGAGUCAGCCUCCACCCUGGCUGGCUCCAUCCACCCAGAACAGUGUAUCAAGGUGCUGUGUCCCAUCGUCCAGACAGCUGACUACCCUAUCAACCUGGCUUCCAUCAAGAUGCAGACCAAGGUGAUAGAACGCAUCACCAAGGAGUCCCUCCACCAGCUGCUGCCUGACAUCAUACCAGGACUACUGCAGGGGUAUGACAACACAGAGAGCAGUGUGAGGAAGGCCAGUGUGUUCUGUCUGGUGGCUGUCUACUCUGUCAUCGGUGAAGAGUUGAAGCCCUACCUGGCCCAGCUCACAGGAAGCAAGAUGAAGCUGCUGAACUUGUACAUAAAGAGAGCCCAGACGUCCACCAGCAACAGCAGCAGCUCUUCAGACAUCUCCUCAUACUAAAGAACAUGGCCCUCCGGCUUCAUCCAUGUGUGUGCAGGUACAUACAGUACAGGGUUAUGUUCAUAAGGCACCAAACGGUGCAAAAUGGAAUGAAACAGCAAGGGACUUCCUGGACUACUUGUCCAAUAAGAAACACUAAUUUUCUUUUCACCGUUUUGAAAUAUUUUCCAUAGCGUGCCCUAAUGAACGUGACCCAGAUAGGGAAACGGUUGUGCCUCAAUCUUUCUUUCCAGACCUCCUUGUGGUUUUAAUGUAUUCUAAUAAAGGCUGUAGGCUGUUCCUUGUUGGGAAACCCUAUGCCUGUUGCAAUCAGUAUUUUAUUUCCUUCCGUUUUGUCGUCUUGUAAAUACUUUUAUUCCACGUUUUAAGAUACGAAUGCGACACUACUUCAGACCCAGUCGAAUGAAUGUAUAGAGCUUUGAAUGAAACCUGAGUCCUUUACAAACCGUCUGAAAGGUUUUAAUGUUGAUGGAAGCAGAGUGUCGCGCUGCACACGAUUGCCUCUGUUCCUUCUCGCAAUGGACAGAUAGGCUUAUUUGGAACCGUGCUGUUUGUAAAGGGGCAGUUUAAAAAUGGCGAUUUCGAUAGUAAUUGUUCUGUAGUAUUUGCCGUCUGAAGAAUUUGUUCUUAGUGACGAUGCUAUGUUUUUAAGCCUGUAUUUAAAGAAUAAUCCUUGUGAAGCGGUGGAAUUUCUUAGUUAGUGAGAAUCUGAAGGGAAAAAAACGUUAAUUUCCAUUAGUGGGAGAAGAUCAUUUGGCUGGCCAAUGAUUAGUACAUGUAGUGAAAAGCUGUGUUGAAUAAGCCUCUGUAAACUGCCUGUGUGUGUAACACCUGUGUUUCGACUGUGUGGUUUGGACCCAACAACUGAUGAAGGAAUGUUUUCCCUUUUCACAAGGAUUACAAUCUCACCUUUCAUACAUUAUUAUGGAAGGGGAGUUAUUGGUUGAGUUGGUGGAGUUUGAGUCUGCUGUUUUUUGUGCUUUUAACAUUCGGGCACGUUGUAAUGAGUCAAAAAUACUGGGAUCUGAAGUAUUCUUGCAAAUGUAAGAGUCCUAGAAUUUUCAAAUGUGAAAUAUUUUGUCUAAAAUCUAAAUAUGGGCAGUACCUAUUCGUCACAUAGUAGAAAUACCUUGACAAUCUGACGUAUUAGUCGAUAAUCUAAGGACUUUUUAAGUGCCAGUGCAAUUAUUUUUUUUUUUACAAUUUAAAGACAGGAAAAAAAAGAUGUCUUUUGAAUUGAAUCCAGCAAUAAUUAAUUAGUUACAAAAAAUCCAACUACUUGGAUAAACUUUUGUCAAAGCACUGUAAAUGACCAUUGUAAGUUAACCAUCCUUGUUUGAAAUGUAUAGAUGUCAUUUUUAUGCGCACCUAUGAAAUGUUACUGCUGCUUUAGAAAUACUAAUCAUGGCGUUAAACCUAAUGUAUUUUACUCUCCUUUUUAUGAAUGUUAAUGGUACACUUGUUUCGGUUAGAACAAGAAUUUGGGUUUGGGUCAAUUCCAUUUCAAUUCAGUCCAUUCAGAAAUUCCAAUUCCCAAUUUUCCUCAAUGCUUGUCUAUGGGGAUAAAAAUGAAAUUGGAAUUUCAGUUUACUUCCUGAUUUGAUUGAAAGGAAUUGAGCCCAACCCUGUUAAAAGUUCCAGAUAAAGGUGGCGUGUUACUGAGAACACUAUCGGGCCUUACUGUUUCUGUAGUACAGUUUCACUACAUUGACUGUUAAAUGUACUGUAACAGUGCACAAUGUUUCUGUUUUCUCAAAUGUGAGAACUCAUAGCAAUUUAAUCAGCUAUAGCUAUGACCAAGUCCAAAAUGUUGUCAAAUACAAACACAGUAUUUCUUUUGUUAGACCUGCCUGUUGCAAUUGAAUCAAAAAUGAAACUCAAAAUGAGUGUUUUAUACAGUACUUUUAAUCAUUGAUUCACAGACUUGUUAUAAAAAGAGAGUCAGAGAGAGACCUCAUUUGCAUGUGAGGGAACAUGCAAUAUUAUACCCAGCAACCUCAAUGAUUAACUAACAUUCCCAACUCUGACUUUAUGUUGAAGAAACAUUGAAUCUAAUCUAUGAAUGUCUGGUCAGCUUGUAUUAUAUAACACACACACACACACACACACACACACUAUUGAUAUCCAUCACAGCUACCAAGCUAGGGCUGAUUUAACAGACCAAACAUUGUAUACUAUACUGUAAUUGUAUGCUGUGUGCACACGUUGGCCUGUAUCAAAAACCAAACCCUAUUAUCCUCAAGCCAUGUAUCUUGAGCGUGUAUUUGCUUGUGCCUUGUUUAUUUAUUUUUUACAGUAUACCUGCAAUAUUAAUCCAUACUAAUAGCUUUUGAAUUGUUAUUUUUGCCCCUAUUUCGAAAUACUGUAUUAUAUGUCAUGAAUUAGACAGGAAAUGUGUUGCGUCGAAGACCAAGGUUAUGUCCAAAGUGGCACCCUAUUCCCUACCCAGUGCACUACUUUUGACCAGAGCCUUGUGGGACCAGGUCAAAAGUAGUGCCCUAUAUAGGGCAUAAGGUUCCAUUUGGGAUGCAUCCCAAGGCUGCUGUAAAUAAAGCCAAUAGUUUAAUGGCAGUAUUUUCCACAGAUGUAAUAUUGGCUUGGCUGUUCUAUUCCUUGUGAACCAUUUACAAUGCACGCUUCUUUUGUUUAGCUUCAGUCAUUGUUUUAUCCCUCCCGUACCUAUAUUUAUAUACCGUCUGUUAUAUUUUCUGUGUAUUAUGACUGUACAUAUUUCAUGUUUUGUUCACUUCUUUCACCCUUGAUAGAAUUUGUUGAAAUUUAAACUUGAAAUAAACCAACUUCAGUCCCUGUC